AGCGGCCGGGCAAGCAAACAUGGCGGCACCUGAGGGAGACAAGGAGAGCUGGCCCGAGCUGGCGGCGGCUGUGGCGGGCGGGCGGCGGGAGCUGCGGCUGGAAGCCGGCGAGGCGCUGGAGCGGAGGGUCCGAGCGGCCGGAGGUCGCCUCCCCGCCGCGUUGGGCGAGCUGGGUGCAGCGCUUCGCUCCCUGGAGGUCCGCGGCUGCCCGGAGUUACGUGAGCCCGGCGCAGCGCUGGGCCUCCUCUCGGGCCUGCAGGCGCUGGCGCUGCCCGGCUGCGCGCUGGGCCCGGCGGGGCUGUCCCUGGCCGGGCGGCUGCUACCUGCCGCGCUGCGCUCGCUCGAUCUGUCGGACAACGGCCUGGAGGAGCUGCCGCCGCAGCUGGGCGGCCUGGAGGGCCCCGAGGUGGAGACGGGGUCGGCGGUGGCAGCCCUGCCCGAGCUGCGGGUGCUGAACCUGCGCCGCAACCGGCUGCGCGCCCUGGGCCCCGGGCUGGCCCGCUCGGCCCCCGCGCUGCUGGAGCUGCUGCUGGGCGGGAACCGGCUACGCGCCCUCCCGGGGACGAUGCUGCCCCCACCGCCGCCGCCGCCGCCCGCCCACGGGGGUCGCCGUCCCGCCCCUCCACCCUCGCCUCUGCCUCUGCUGGGCCUGCUGGAAGCGGCCGGGAACGAGCUGGAGGUGCUGGGCCCAGAGGUGGCCCGCCUGGCCGGGCUGAAGACUUUGGAUGUCUCCAAUAACAAGCUCUCCGAAAUCCCAGCGGAGCUGGCUGACUGCCCGAAGCUGAAGGACGUCAACCUGAAAGGCAACGCCCUGAAGGACAAGCGGCUGGAGAAGAUGGUGAAUGGCUGCCAGACCAAAUCGAUCCUGGAGUAUCUGCGCCGGGGGAGAGGCAAGCAGGAGGGUGGCACUGAGAGAGAAGAAAGCCGGAAGAAGAAGCGAGAGAAGAACAAGAAGAAAGGAAGCAGCGAUGACGAGCUGGAAGACGCCCAAAAACUGCUUGUGAAAAUCCUUCACAUCUCUGAGAGCCCAGCGCCAUUGGUGGUGAAAGCCAGCCCUAGCGUGAAAGAUGUCCGCCCUUACAUUGUGUGCUGUGUGGUGAAAGGCAUGGAUUUCAGCACUGGCAAUGCUCUGAAGAGGUUCCUCUCCAUUCAGACAAAGCUCCACGAGGACAUUUGUGAGAAACGAACCGCGGCCACCAUUGCGACUCACGACCUGCAGCUGGUGAAAGGGCCACUUGUCUACGAGGUUCGGGCCCCAGAGGAGUUGAAGAUCAUCCCCCUGGGCCGGAAGGAGACGAAGGCCAACGACCUCCUUCGCCAGUUGCAGGCCGAAGCUGAGGAACAGCGGAAGCAGAAGAAGAGACAGAACAUCUCUGGAUUGUACAAGUACCUUCAUUUGCUGGAUGGGAAGGAGAAUUAUCCCUGCCUGGUUGAUGCUGAAGGCGCCGUGAUUUCUUUCCCUCCUAUUACGAACAGCGAGAAAACGAAGCUUGGGAAAACGACCACCGACUUGCUUCUGGAAGUGACCAGUGCCACUAGUCUUCAGCUGUGCAAGGACGUGAUGGACACGCUCAUUGUGAAAAUGGCCGAGAUGAACCGGCUGAGUACAGUCAGCAAAGACGGGGAGGGGGACUUGGAUCCCGAAAUCCUCCGGCCCGAAGGCAGCCCCCCCAAUGCCCCCCUGACCUUGGAACAGGUCCGGGUUGUGGACGCAGAAGGCAGCCUAAAAGUCCUCUACCCGUCGAAGACGGAUCUCCACACCUCCCUCCUCACCGUCCUCCACUAAGCGCCCCUCCCCCGGGGGCUUUUCAUAAAGGUUUCCGGGGGGUCCCAGCGCUCGGCUCGUUUCGCCAGCCGCAGCUGGAAGCCUUGAGCUGUUAUUGGAGGUCGCAUGAAUUUGGGGUCAGCUUGCUUUAAAUCCCCCUCCUCAGGUGGCCGGGGCGGUGUCACUUUUGAUCCCUUGCCAACGAGCGUACAUCGGACGAAGUUAUUUUCGCCAAGGGGUCCCUCCCUGGGGACGUAAUUUUGCUGUGCUGUGUGAUGGUGUUCCUUCCGUGGGAGAGAGGGGAGGCUUGGUGGUCUCAAGGAUUGUUCCUACGGCAAGGGUGGCGUUUCCCUUUCCUUCCCUGCCAUGUGGAUUCUCCCAAGAGAACUGGGGUGCUGUGCCUGCCCCAGCUUGGCCCUGGGACCUUGGGGUGGGCCAAGUGGCCCCUCCCUCCUCCCAACGGUGGGGUGCUUGGUGGCCUCGAAGCUUGCCGUCUUUCUGCAGACGUUUCACGACCCAACUAGAUAACAUCAUCAGUGCUAGAAUGGAGGGGGGUCUGUACAGAGGAAGAGGACUGUGGGGUCCUUGGUGCCCCCUG